AUGAGGGAUCGUAAAUCCAAAUUAUCAUUUUCAGGCGCUCAUUCAAUGAGUCAUACUGAUAAUAGCAUGUCUUCAGGAAAAGUUAAAGAAAUAAUAUUUUUGGGUACGGGAUCUUCCUCGACUGCUCCAGCUAUUGUUUGUUUGACGGAACCAGAAAUUAAUUGUACAACUUGUUUAUCAACUCUUAAGCCAGAAGGUGCGAUUAACAUUAGAAAAAACACAAGUUUAUUGAUUAGAUUUCAUCAUGGGGACGGAGGAAUUAGAAUAGAUGCAGUAGUAUUAACACAUCCACAUGCAGAUGCUAUUAAUGGAUUGGAUGAUUUACGUUCUUGGACACUAAACAAAGCAAUACAAGAAUAUAUUCCUAUCUAUCUAACAGAAAAUACAUUUGAAAACAUCAAAAGCUCUUUCCCAUAUCUUGUUGAUAAAAAAAAAUCAACUGGUGGGGGUGAUUUACCAUCUUUUCAAUGGAACAUAAUUGAUUCACAUACAAAUUUUACAGUUGAAGGGUUGGAAUUUACACCACUUCAAGUAUAUGAAGCUGUAGAUGUGGUAAGAAAACUUAACCCAAUACCAAAAAAAGCAUUUAUUGUUGGUCUUUCUCAUACUAUAGAAUACUAUGAUUUAGUCAGAGAAAUGAAAGAAUUGCAAGAGAAAGAACCAGAUUUGUAUGUCAGGCCUGCUCAUGAUGGGUUAAAUAUCAAGAUUGAAGAAUUAUCAGCAUGA